AUGACUUCCUCUGAUUCAAUUCAUUCUGUUCUGUCUCUUUGUCCUCCAACCCAUAAGUGGAGGAUCAAAGUUAGGGUUGUGAGAAUGUGGAUUGCUGAUGCCUAUAUGGGAGAUAACAAACCUGUGUCAAUGGAGCUGAUAUUGCUUGAUCAAUAUGGUGGAAAAAUUCAGGCCACAAUAAGGAAGCUGUUGUUUAGGAAGUGGGCUGAAGUGAUAGUGGAAGGAGAAGUGUAUUUGAUCACAUUUUUCCAUUUAAUCCCAAAUAUGGGUUCUUACCGUCCCACUGAACAUGGUUUCAGGAUUUUGUUUAAUAACAAAACCAAUGUUCUUCCAUGUGAGAGCAGUAUCAUUCCAAGGUGGGGAUUUUCAUUGAAAGAUAGUGAAGUGCUGAAUGGGGAUGCUGUCCAGUCUGAGUAUUUAGUAGAUGUGUUGGGUUUGUUGACUGCUGUUUCUGAACUGAGGACCUAUGUUAAAGAUGGAAAUACUAUUAGGAUGGUGCUGAUUGAGAUCAGUGAUGAGAAGGGUAAAGUGGAUUGUGCUCUCUUUGGAGAGUACGCUGAUCUUAUGUCUGAGUAUGUAGCUGCCAAUGCCAAUGAAAAACCCAUUAUUGUUUUUCAGCUUGCUAAGCUGAAAACUUUUAGAGGAAAGAAUGUAUUGCAGAAUGUUAUGAAAGCUUCACGGAUUAUGUUCAAUCCUGAUUCUGCAGAGGCCAUUUCUUUCAGGGAUAGGAUUUCAAUUAUUGAUUUUAAAAUAAAUGAACCUGUGGGCCAAAUUAUCACUCCCAAGCCUGCUGUUCCUUUAUUUGAGGACUUUAUGAACAACAAUGCGAAGAAGACAAUUGCUGGGUUGAAUGAAACAGCAGAGGAUGGUUGUUUCAUUGUGCUUGCAAAAGUUGUUGGUUUGUUGCAAGAUGACCAAUGGUGGUACUUUGCUUGCAAGUGCCACAAAGCUGUUACCUAUGAUGAUGGUUUAUACUACUGUGGUGGAUGUUUUAAGCAUGUUAUGGAUGUUAUCCCAAGGUAUCGGAUUAAGCUUGAAGUUAGUGAUGAAUCAGAUUGUGCAACAUUUAUUCUGUUUGAUUAUGAUGCCCAAAACCUUUUGAUGAAGUCUUGCAAGGAGGUGUUGGCUUAUGUGAAGGAUCCUAAGUGUGCUGAAUUUCCUCCUAUGAUUGAGGAUAUAUUGGUAGGCAGAGAGCUGUUGUUCAAGGUGGAGAAGAAGUCUAAUAGUCUCUUUCAAUAUGAUGAGUCCUAUCGCAUCAAGAGGGUUUGUGAUGAUGCUGCUAUUAUAGAUGCAUAUAAAUUAUGUGGGGAAGUUAAAGUAGCUGAUACGGUUGCUGGUUCAUCCACUGCUGUGAAUCUGUGUGAAGAAAAAGAUAUUUCUCAGGGUCCUUUUCAAUCUGGUGAACCUUCAUCCCCUGGGGUUUUAACACCUUAUUUGGGAGAUGGUCCAUCUUAUGUUGGGAGUUCUGGAAAUUUGUUUAAGAGGAAGGUUGUGGAGGAGUCCAUAACGGUUGUAGAAGUACCCAAUUUGAAGCUGAAACAAGUUAAACUUGAGAAAGAGUAG